GAAUUAAGGUACUAAUAAUCAACUGCGACCGUCUGUCCUCGUAAGUUCGUGAAAUAUACUGAUCGAGUGUAGAUAAAAACAGUUUUUGGUAAGAUUUGGUACAAAUAUUCAUAAUAUAUUGUCUAGAUAAUCAUGAUUUGGCACGUGGAAGUUACUAAAAUAUAUUUUGUCUGUUGGCCUAUUAUAUAAGACAUGUUUCUUCAUUAGCGUUUGCAAUCAAAGAAGCAAGAUACAUACUGGUGGUGAUGAGACAUCACCGCCACCUUCUCGAGGCGGAGCCAAGCGGCCCGCCAUCACCAAUCAUUACCGGGAGGAAAGGUUCACACCUAAGUGAGUCGGACUUCGACGCCAACAUGGUUGUAAUCCUGGCAGCCUUGGUAUGUGCCCUUGUAGUUUUGCUUGGAUUAAAUUUACUUGUACGAUGCAUUCUACGUCGUAGGUUGGCAGAACGAGCUGAUGUACGGCUCACCACCACUAGCGCGGGCCUCAAGAAGCAGGUUUUGCGGGAGCUUCCGGUGGCGGUGUACGGUCCCGGAGCCAAUAUUCCAGUGACAGAAUGCCCUAUCUGUUUAGGAGAGUUUGUGGAAGGGGAGAAGAUUAGGGUGCUGCCCAAAUGUAAUCACUGGUUUCAUGUUAGGUGCAUAGACACAUGGCUUGUUUCACAUCCGUCUUGCCCAAAUUGUCGGCAUCCAUUGCUCGAGACGCGCCAACUCACGUGAAUAAAACAACAAACUAAGUUUUUUUCCUUUUUUCAAUUUAUAUAGGAUUGACUCUUCGACUUCUACAAAUAAUCUACAAAUUCACUUCAAAAUG